UUUGAGCCCAUAUCACUGAUAACACCUAAUCAUAUUCAUGCUCCCAAGUUACAAGAUCACUUUAAAUACAAAUGUGGACCUAACAUUUUGUGCUCUUAACAAAAUUUUAGGGUAUAAAGAAUGAUGCUCAAGGACACCAGAUUAAGAAGGGUGUCCAUCUGUGGUGGAAGAGUGUUGCUGAUGAUGAUGAUGAUGAUGGGUGGUGGACGGGCCCAACUGGUGGUGGAACCUAACUCCCCUUACUGCACCCAGCGCCCAACCUUCCUAACCUGCGACUUCAAAGGAGCACAGAAGGUGUGGUCAGGAUGAUCCAUUAAUUUUCAGCAUUCUUUGAGGUAGUAAUACUUGAAGAGAUGGCUGGAAGACUACCCGACAGGGUGUUUGUGCACAAUGUCCAGGACCUUGUGGUGGAGAGAAAUAUAUGUGUUCAUUUAGCCAUCUACAAUGCAGCCAACAUCUCCUUCAGCAGCACCAGCACCUGCAGCCACCAGGACUAUCUCUCCCUUAAACUUGUGGACUCCACAACCAAUCUAGUGCCCAGCUACAUCACCCAUCUUGACAUGAAGGGGUCAUCAGCCCAGGAGGUUGUAUGUCACAAUGAUCUGCAGUUCUUCACUGUCAUUAACUCAGAUUUAGGAUUACUAGAUAUUCUUCAACCUGUGAGGAACAUUACUGUUAAGCUUGAGGAUUCAAAGAUUGAUGUUUUAGCAAAAUUGAUAUUGGAAAGUAAAUCACAGUUAUUCAUAGUCAAUGUAACUAUAAAUACUUUGGGUCAGAACAGUGUGCAUGUACUUGAAGCUUCUGUAAAUAUAUGGGCGAGUAAUAUUAAAUCCUCACGUAACCAAGCAAUAACACUUGGUCCAAAAUCCACUUUAUCCAUAAGAGACGUGGACGGUAAAGUAACAUUUGCUGGACCACCACAGGAUGUCGAUGACAAAGGAACACUCAACACACCAGAGAAUAUGGACGAUAAAGAAAGAUUAGAUGCAUUACAAGAUGAAUCUGGCAUCUCCACUUCCCCUAAGUUUGACCACAAGUCUCAGAAUCCAAGAAGGUCCCCAAAACACCCAUCAAACAGUUACACACCAGCUCACCGCUGCAUCAACUCUUCCCCUUUGAUUUGGCUUCUGCCCACACUGUUGGCCACAGUAGAGGCUUUUAUCAUCAUUGCAAAUUGUACAAACUGGUUCCCAGCUCUUAAGAGUAGACAAAUUCGACGUGGCGUAGAGGAAGGAGGUCGUAGCAUUGGUAAUAGUCAGGAUGGAGGGGCAAGCCAUGCCGACCCUACUUGGUACUACAGCAGAGAAACCUUAGUUCCCUCACACACAAAUAUGAGGCAAAGGGUAAACAACAAAGAUGCUUAAGGUCAGCAUGAAUGGUCUUGUGUUUAUUAACCCAAUGUUUUGAUUGAUACUUUGACAAAACUAUUGGACAUCACCAUGAACAGCACAUAUACAAUAUUUAAGUACCCUGUAUACAGUACAGUACAUGAUUUUAUAUAAUGUUCAGUAAUAUUUUGAAGAGAAAUAAACCUUUGAAAUAUUGAAACUAAUAUGGCGUAAAUCCAUUCCAAAAUAGUAAAUAUUUUGAAGCUGGAGGUCCCUUCACUCUAUCCUUAGUAAUGUAGUUAGUGUUCCUUUUCAGUCCAUAUCCUUAGGUAAACAUUUGUUUAAAUUUAAUUUUAUUAACCUUUGUUAAUCUGAUAUCAAUGUUUUCUCACUGAUUUAUCCUUUAGUAACUUGUUACCUUUUUCAUAACUCAUAAUUCCUCAUUAACUAAUGUUAUGUUUUGUAAUGUUAACUUUGGGGAGAUAGGAUACAAAAACAAAAUCAAAUUUUGAAUCAGCACUUAUAAUUGUAUUGUAUAUACUGUACAUAAUUUACAAUGUCUUUUUAGUUACUAAAGAUAAAUAUUAAAUACAGUAAUUAGUUUACCUGAGCAUAUCUGAGCAAUUUCACAUGUGGAAAACACAACAUAGUGGCAGGUUACAAACAUACAGCAUGUCCCCCGACUGUGGAGUGGUCUACCAUGCCAUAUACAGGUUUACUGACCAGAAUCCCUAUUCAAGUUUACAUAAUAAUAAAAAACUGGAUAGUAUCUCUGUCUUUCAUGAUUAUGUUGCAUUUUCUCUUUGCCAUUAUGUGGAAAUGCUCUGGUCCUAUGAGUAACAGUGCUAAGAGGAAACACAAUUCUUUUUCCAUAAAAAAAAAAGAAAUUUGUUAAAAAACUUGAAGACUACAUUAUGAGGUCAGUGCCUUCCAUAAUCUAUGAUUUGUCUUAAAGGAACAGAAAGAACAUGUAAUGAAAUUCUCUCUUGACAAGAGAUGUCCAAAAAGAAAUGUUUACUGGUAAAUGUAAGACAUUACAUAACUGUCAGAGUGAUGAUACUGACAGAGUAUUGGUGGAAUGUGAAGUACAGCAACCAACAAUCUUCCACGAACAAAUGAAAAUCAUUGUUGACUGUGAUUACUCUUCUGGCUGGCUGUACUGUAUAAACUAAUGAGAGAGACACGGUACCAGUAUUAAGUUUCUGUAUAGAGUACACAGUAAUAUGUUUGUCUAUAGGGUAUUUGGAAGCAGAAAGGUCUAGAGGUGUAACAGAUUAUGAGUCCCCAAAUCUGUAAAAUCCCCAGAUCUGGUUUGGUUUCAGUCCCAAAGUUUCCAGAUUCUGGGCAUGAACCUGUAUACUGCUCUUAAAAAUGCUAAUGUCUUAAUCAGUUCCUCAACCACAUUAUGUGGAAAUGACACUUUCCUUCAAUUUUACUGGAGAGAAGACCAAGACCUCCUCACUACACUGGAGGAUGCAGUUAUCCUAAAAAAAAAAAAAGGGGGG